UCCAUUAACGCUUGCCAGCGAAAGCUCCCAGCUUUUUUUUCCUCCUCGAAACAACUUGAGCUUUUUUAGAUUUCUCUGUAGCGUUAAGUUCUGUUGUUUUCUUAUCUCGAGAGAAAAAAAAAAUGGGCCUUUAUUUUUUUAGUUUAAAGAAGAAAAAGCUGAUAGCUUUCAUAAUUUCCACGGCCGACAGUGGAAAGUAUGUAUGGCCCACCUACAACCAGCACAAAUGUCGUCUUCUACUGGUCCGCCAUUGAAGUGAUUGAACGAAGCUUUCAUCUUUCAUAUUCUCUCUCCCUCUCUCUCUCUCUCUCUCUUAUUUUCUUCCCUCGUUGGACACUAUUUUCUCCGAUCCCGAAAUUUCCUGAUAGUCCCCAACCUUUUCACACAGUUGCACAGUUACACUGAACCGCCUCCCUUUGAAAUCUUCUUGCGGUUACUUAAUCACCCACGUGCUUUUGUAUCUGCUUGCUCUUGUUCACUCUCCUCCUUCUUCCUCUUCGACGACAACGAGGAUUUGGCUUGUGUGUUAAGUUGUCUUGUUGGGUUUUGUCGCUGCUGUCAGAGAAUUCAGCAGAGUUCUCUAUCUGGGUUUGGUUGGAUUUGAAGCCCUAGAUUCUGGGAACAAGGGCUUGGUUUUCGGUUAAGGUUUCACGAUGGACUCCCCGAAAUCUGUUGUUUCACCAUUCAUGCCCUCUCUGAUUGCUGAGACUGAGAAUGAGAACUUCAUUUCCGAGAUUCAGAGCUCUGGUCUCAGAUCCAAUGGCAUUGGAGUCAACGGAAAAGAUCCUGUGGGCAUUGACCCUCGAGAUUGUAUAGGCUCUCUGGAGGUUCAUGUCCAUCAGGCAAGGGACAUACAAAACAUCUGUAUAUACCACAAGCAAGAUGUUUAUGCAAAGCUUUGCCUUACAAACGAUCCUGAAAAGGCUGUCUCAACCAAAAUCAUCAAUGGCGGUGGGAGGAACCCUGUUUUCGGUGACAUUCUUCAGCUCAAUGUCCGAGUUUUAGACACCUCCCUGAAAUGUGAGAUUUACAUGAUGAGUAGGGUGAGGAACUAUCUCGAGGACCAGUUGCUUGGCUUUGCUCUUGUGCCUCUGUCGGAAGUGGUCUUUAACAAUGGGAAGUUAGAGAAAGAGUUCUCUCUUUCUUCCACUGACUUGUUCCAUUCCCCAGCUGGUUUUGUUCAGCUGUCUCUCUCCUACAAUGGAGCCUACCCUGACGUAAUGGCUAUUCCUGUUAUGCCCGCAACUGUGGCUGUUGAUGAAACUACCAAGAAGCCAAAAGGGUCUGAACCAAUUCCCUCGGAGCUGGACAAGAUCGAGUUUCCAGAUCCUAACGUUGUCAAUGAAAACGAGAUAAUGGUUUCUGAAUAUUUCGGGAUCUCUUGUUCCAGCAUGGAUUCAGAAACCUCUGACAGCUUGGUCACUUCUGAUGCCGAGAAUCAAGCAAGUGCUGGGACAGGUGUCACUGUUGCGGAAAGCUUUUCAGCUGCAGCUGCCUGUUCUGUCAAUGGUGUUGUUCCCAAGCAAGAUUCACCUGACAAUGGAGCUUAUUCUCCUCACACCUCAGCUAACUCGGCUACUUCUGAUGCCCCGGCUGCUUCAGACACGCCAAAUCAUGAACAUGUGUCUGAUUCAACCUCCGGACAGAAGUCCACAGAAGCUGAGAGCGAGACCUCGGAGAUUAUGAAACCCAUUCUGACUGUGAACGUUGAGCCUGAGCCGAAGGUGGUGCAGCAGGAGAUAGUAGACAUGUAUAUGAAAAGCAUGCAACAGUUUACUGAGUCACUGGCCAAGAUGAAGCUUCCUCUGGACAUUGACAGCCCAACAAAAUCAGAGAACUCGAGCUCCGAGCAGAAGCUGCAAACACCGAACAGCAAUGGGUCCCGCGUGUUCUACGGGAGUAGGCCUUUCUUCUGAGCUUACUCACACUGGUGACAUUUUAGGCUUCUUAAUGGGGAGAGACUAAUGCUAAUGAUGUAAUGUUAUUGUGUACUACAUGAUGCUGCUGCUGCCGCAUAAUCUUUCCAUCUAUUGGAUGAUGAUGCUUGUAGAUGAUGGGAAAUCAUUACUAUUUUACGUCUUUACAAGCUCUGCUUAUGCUAGAACUACUUUGGUAUAUAUAUAUAUAUAUGAACUUAUUUUACCUUUAA